CCCAUUAGUAAGCGCCGUUUAUUUUGUUUUUUUGUUUUCUUGUCUCUGAAUGAUUCGAAACAGAAUUUAAAUAGCUACAGUUCCAUCAUCGAGCUAGUGGAAAACUUUGACGAUAAAAAUAAAACUAGUCACCUAACCCUGAAGACGACAAAAUAUCGUCGUAGUCUUCAGCCAACAGUGGUUGCGAAGCUCGAAACUGAAACGCAACCCGCCUGGGUAGUACCACACAGAUGUUUUCAUAACAGUAGCACUGGCACACUUCUGUUAAAUAGUUCGUCUCUACUUAUAUACUUUUUGCGUGAAAGGAGUUCAACAAUGUAUCCGUCUAUGGUUUCGCUGUUGUGA